AUGAACGGCAUAAAUUUGUUCAACAUUGUCCUUUCCCUAGGAGCCACCAUGAAAGUCAUUUUGGAUAUCCAAGGGUACUUAGCUAUCAUUAUCUCUGCAUGCACGGUCGUUCUCUACACUUUGCUGGGAGGCCUGUACUCUGUUGCAUAUACUGAUGUAAUACAGCUCAUCUUUAUCAUGGCUAGUCUGUGGAUUUGUAUCCCGUUUGCCAUGACAAACUCUGCAACAGAAAGCAUUUCAUAUACUGUUGCUCACAAUGUAUUUCAAGAACCUUGGGGUGGAAAAAUAGAAGCACGGGAUAUUGGAAGGUGGCUGGAUGACUUCUUAUAUUUGGUUCUGGGGGCCAUUCCAUGGCAAACCUACUUCCAGCGAAUCCUCUCAGCUUCUUCUGCAAAACAAGCCAGACUCAUUUCCUACUUUUCCGGAAUAGGAUGCUUUCUGCUGGCCAUCCCCUCUGUACUCAUUGGAGCAGUUGCUGCAUCCACAGACUGGAACCAGACUGGCUAUGGCCUUCCCACGCCCAAUGAGAGAGGAGAGUCAGCUCUCAUACUUCCUUUAGUUCUCCAAUAUCUCUGUCCAACAUAUGUCUCCAUUGGCGGUUUGGGGGCCAUUGCCGCUGCCGUGAUGUCUUCUGGGGAUUCCGCCUUGCUCUCCGCAAGCUCCAUGUUUGCUCACAAUAUUUACAGGAAAAUCCUGAGGAAAAAGGCCACCGAGAAAGAUGUAUUAUGGGUAAUGAGAGCUUCCAUGGUUGCCUUUGGGGCACUGGCUACAACUCUGGCAUUUUAUUCCAAUUCAAUUUUUGAUCUCUGGUUCCUUGGGGGUGAGCUGGUAUACACCCUUCUUUUCCCUCAGCUGUUUUGCGUCCUCUUUAUUCCUAACACCAACGCAUACGGCUCAGCUGUUGGAUUCUUCUUUGGAUUUCUGCUGCGGCUGUUGGCAGGGGAGGCCUUCCUGAAGAUCCCCCCACUUAUCUGUUACCCAGGAUGUUCUCUUGUGGAUGGGGUCUAUGUUCAGCGGUUCCCCUUUAAGACGGUCACCAUGCUCCUCACGCUCUUGACCAUCAUUUCCGUCUCAUAUCUGGCAGCCUUUAUGUUUAAGAGAAAGCUCCUUCCUCAGAAAUGGGAUGUUUGUCAGUUAAUACAGGAAGACAGUGUGUUUAUUUCUUUAUCUCAGAGAAAAAAACAGAUGGACGUGGAAAAAGAUGAAAAUGAUGAGGUAAUGGAGGAGAACAAUUGCACUAGUACUUUAUAA